CUCAUUCUCUCUCUCUCCCCUUCCGCCUCUGUUUCACUCAAAUCUGGUACCCAACUCUCCCCUUGUCCCUCAUUCUCUCUCUCUCUCUCGCCGCCUCUGUUUCACUCACUCCCGCUCUCCCUGCUCUGUUAUUCCCUCUCCACCCCUCUUCCUUGUUCCGUUGCUCUCACUCUCUCCUUCCUCUCUCUGUUUUGAAAAUUUCUGGCCGAACCCUUUUUUCUCGACCAGCUGGUGACAUUAUUUUUGCUGCAGUGCAAGAAAAUAGAGUCGUUUCCCAGGCUGUUUCAAAUUUUGACUUCUGAAUCUUUUCGCCGUUGGAAGACAUUCCUAACGCCCGGAAAAUUGACAAGGGCAAGAACAUCGUCAAAAUUUUUUACGGAUUUCUUUUAUUUUCUUGACAUCCAAACAAAGCCUAAAAGCUCCGUAGAACUGGAUGCUAACUUACGCGAGGGGAAAUUUGAUCACAGCUAUAGGACGGAUUCAAAGCUCCGUGAUGGAAAAUCAAACUGAAAAGACUGUUUAUACGCACUACAAUCAUACCGAUCCCUGCAAGUAUGCGAGGUGGACUGCAAGGGAAAGUUAUCAGUUCAUGUAUACUAGGCCAUGGCAACAAGUUACUGAUUUCUACUUGAAUCUAGUGAACGGGCGAUUUCCUUGUUUGAAUUGUUUGGACCUGAGUUAUCCUAGAGGACUUCCUCCACAGACCCAUCCACUUCAAGAUCUUGGUCAACUAGAUUCUCAUGAGGGAACUGAGUUGGUCAAUGUUUAUACAAAAGAUAGGACAGGAAGAUGGGCAAGGGCCACAUUCAAAAUAAUUCUCUCCUAUCAUGGGGGCUCCUUUGAUGGGUGGCAGAAGCAACCUGGCCUGAACACUGUGCAAGCUUUAGUACAAAGAUCUCUUGGGAGAUUUGUUGAUGAGAGGAAAGCUCAACAGCUGAAAGGCAGGUCUUUACCAGUGGAAGGUUGUGCGCUUGUUGCUGGGCGCACUGACAAAGGGGUGACAGCUCUUCGGCAAGUUUGUUCAUUCUAUACUUGGAGAGAGGAUGUUAAAGCACAAGAUGUUUUGGAUGCAAUCAAUAGUGCUGCACCAGGAAAGCUCUGCGUAACCUCUGUAUCCAAGGUGUCACGAAUAUUCCAUCCUAAUUUCUCUGCCAAAUGGAGGCGCUAUUUUUAUAUUUUCCCCUUCAAUGAUGGAGAAGAAAAGCAAUGUGAAGGGCUCAAGGGGGACAAUGAGAACUGCAGCUUGGGGGAAAUCCAUGAGAGAAAUGGUUGUGAUGAAUAUAUUGGAGAAGAGAAAGGUGGGUGCCUGAUUGUCAAUGGUGAAGAUGAACUUGAAAGUGCAAAGAAACCAAGAACUUUCAGCAUAAGCAGAGUAAACCAACUUCUACGCCAACUAGAAGGGAAGUUGUUGUCAUACAAGGUUUUUGCACGGGACACAAAAGCUUCUAGAAGCAUGGGUCCACCUACAGAAUGUUUCAUUUACCAUGCUCGAGCUGCUGAAGGCAGAUUACCCUUUCAGGAAGAGGUUAACUUGACAGGAACAAGGGUUAUGUGUGUGGAGCUGGUUGCUAAUCGCUUCUUGCGGAAGAUGGUUCGAGUACUGGUAGCAACAUCAAUAAGAGAGGCAGCUGCAGGUGCAGAGGACCAUGCAUUGCUAGAUCUAAUGGAUGCUACGUGCAGACGUGCCACAGCUCCCCCAGCACCACCUGAUGGUCUUUGCCUUGUGGAAGUUGGCUAUACUGAAUUCAAUCAGGAGAACUGCCUUAUCCGAUAGAGUAAAUCCAGUAAAAUAUCCGAAUAUGUGGCACAUGUACAGUGUCACUUGUGGAUAUCCAUGGUCCCCUAAAGAAAAAAUAAAUAAUAUAAUUGGCAUAGAAGGGAAUGGUCUAACAUGAUUCGUGUAGAUGCCACUGUGAAGGCUGAAGGAGCAUGUUCUGAUCUUUUCUUUUACCGAAAUACAAUUAAGAUCAGAUUGAGUUGAUCACAAACAUUUUAGUCAAUCCCUUUUGCACUAAUGGCUCCAAUAUUCAUUGUCAGAUGUGCUUUUAUUGUUCUAGUUCCUGGAGUCUUGUUCUCCAGAAUUUGGAUUUCAUACCAAGAGAGGGAAAACUCUGGAAAUGGAGUUCAGAAACUGAUCCGAAGCUUUUCUAGGGAAUAUUUCUUCAAAGAAUGGCUGCUUAGGGAGGUAAAGCUUAGCUUUAUCAUUUGAUGUGGAUAGAUACUGUUCAGACUUUUAUGACAUUGCAGUUGGAAUGGACUAUAAGUACUAAACAUUUUUGUUCCUUAUUUUA